ACGACCUCCUCCCGGUCGUGUCCUGCUUGCUCCUCGACCCGGAGGUCCGCCAGGGGGCCGCGGAGGCCCUUGCCACGCUCGCAUCGCACCUGCGACCCGGGGAGCGCGGUGACCGCGUCCUGAUGACCGUCAUCCGGCUAUCGCAGAGCAGCGAGGACGAGGACGCGAGGUGCACGGCGGUCGGGCUCUUCGACUCCUUAGCGGAGGCCCUCGGGCGUGACCUUUGCCGCCAGUUCGUGGUCGUGGAGCUGCAGGCACUCUGCGAGGACCCCUCCGCCCGCGUGCGGCAGGCCGCCGGCGCGAGCUUCGCGGAGGUCUCGCGCGUGGUGGGCGACGACGUCGUCCUGUCCCGCCUGCUGCCCGCGUUCCGGGGACUGGUGCAGGAUGCGGCGGACGCUGAGUCCAUACGGCUGAAGGGCAUCGCGCGGGCGCUGCAGGUGGAGAACCGCGGCGCUGCGCUGACGCAGCUCAUGGAGGCGCUGCUGGGGGACGUGUCCGGGCCGGUGCAGGCGACGGCGCUGCAGGAGCUCGGCUACCUCAUCGCCGAGCUCGGGGCCCACGGCCGCGUGGAGCAGAGCCUGAUCGUCGAGUACGUCACGGCGGUCACGGUUGCCUCGAAGAGGAAGGACGCCGCCGUCGACAUGAGCUACCACUACGCAUUCACCUUCGCGGCGGUGGCCAGGACGAUGGGGAGGGAGUUUUGGCCUAAGCUGCGGGGCUCCUUCGAGGCGCUGUGCGAGGACCCGCAGCCGAAGACGCGCCGGGCCAUGGCGGCGUCCCUGCACGUCGUGGCGCAGACCUUGGGCGCCGAGCUGACGCGCGAGGACGUGCUGCCCCGGCUGGAGGCGGCGCUAGCCGACCCCGACCCCGAGCACCGGGCCGCGGUGGCCCUGCAGGCCGCGCUGGGCCGCACGCCGGGCCUCUCCUGGCGGCUGCGCCACACGGCGGCCUCGCACCUGGGGGCCAUCUGCGAGGCGCUGGCGGCGGCCCCGAAGCCGCCCGCCGGCGCCCAGCCUGGGGCGGCGGCAGGCGGCGCGGGCGAGGACAUCAUGUGGUCCGUCGUGGUGCCGCUCUUUUUCCAGCUCUGCUGCGACCCCGUCGCGGGGGUGCGCGACGAGGCGGCGCGGUCCACCGCCCGGGUGCUGCGAGCCGCGGCGCCGGAGCUGGGCUCGGACGCGGCCAGCAGCCAGGAGGGCUCCAGCGGUACCUCCGGCGGCGCCCAGCUGAACCUGCGGUCAGGCGCGCAGGGUUUCAUCGGGCGCCUGGUGGCCGACUUCGCCGAGGGCGGCAGCUUCCGGAGCCGCAUGUGCUACAUCCGCAUGUGCGACGCGGUGAUCCGGGAGAUGCCGCUGCACGUCUUCACGGCCCUGCUUCUCCAGCCCCUCGUGCGGCUGGCGGUCGACCGGGUGAAGAACGUGCGGCUUUGCUUCGCCACCACCAUGCUGCCGCACCUCCGACGGGUGGGCGGCCGUCUCGGCCGGUGUCGAGCGCUCGUGCUCGCCGCGAGGAGGGUCUGCAGCGACGGCUCCGACCGGGAGGCCAAGAGAGUCUUGGCGCCCUGCGCGGAGGCCAGGCACGGGGAGGAAGACGACCUCGAGGGCCCGGAGCCCGACUGGCACGACCGUGCCGCCGCCGGCCCGCUGGCGGCCGAGGGCGGCACCGGGGGGCCCCGCCACGCGGUGGAGCAGGCGGCCCGGCAGACGCCGCUCUGGGCGGGGUUGGAGGUCCUGGACGACGCCGGCGGCCUCGGCGGCGCUGGCGGCCCGGCCGCGGCCGCGGCCGCCGCCGCCGCGGGCGCCGCGGGCGCGCCCGAGGAGAGGGGCCCAGCGGCGCCCGUGCGCGCGGCGCCGCGGCCUGCGGCCGCGCAGGCCUCGUUCGGCGCGGACCCGGUCGAGGAGGGCCUCGUGGCGCAGGCCGAGGCCGCGGGCUUCUCAGGCGCCGCGCUGGGCUGCGCGCUGCUCCUCGGCGUGCUGGGCGGCUGGGCGCUCGCUGGCUGGGCCUCGCGCCGCGCGGCGCCCUCAGCGCGGGGCAAGCCGUUCGCGCUGGAGGCGGACGCUCGCACGUACAACGUGGGCGGUCCUGCCAUCUACCACGAGCGAUUGACGCUGCUGCCUGGGUACGUUCUCACGCCCGACGGUGAUGACUAUGCCGAGGUGUGGGCGGCGCUUCACCGCGCGACGGCCCAGGGGUUCGGAGCUACGCCUGCGUCGCCUUUCUGCAUCGACCUGAGUGCCACCAACGUGCUGGGGCUGGCUGCGGGGGCGCUGGCGCUCCCCGACCCUGCAGCCGUCGCGCCUGGCGCGGGCGCUAGGGCCCUCGCGCCUGCGGGCGACCCAGGGUUGCCUGGCGGCGCCGCCCCCGCGGCGGGCGCCCCGCCGGCUGCUGGCGCCGCCGCGGCGCUGCCCGCCCACGGCGGCCCCGCAGCUGCUGGACCCCCCGCUGGAGCUGGAGGCGUCGGCGCCCUGGUGGCCGCCCUCGGUGGCGUAGGGGCUGGAGCCCCAGCCGCCGCGGCUCCAGUCCCCGGUGCCGCGCCCGCCGCCGCUGCGCCGCCCCUCGGCACAGACCCGCGGGCGAUGGCGCUGGUGCUCGACGGGCGCGGCUUUCGGGACAUCACCUUCAGCGACGCGGCGAAGCUGCAGACGGAGACGGUGAGGGCCGACUGGCCAGUCAAGGGCCCUCGGACAUUGCUCUGGGCCCUCGGGUUCAUGCUACGUAUGGCUGGAGGCGCUAUGGCCUGGCACAAUAGGUGGAUUGCGAUGACGCAGCUCGGGGAGUCCGACGAGUACGCGAAGCUCCACGAGACCUUGCGCCGCGUGAUCGAGACCGCCCUUUGCCACGACCAGCUGGUGAUAUGCGAGCUGGCCUCUUAUGAGCACCUCGCCCGUCAGCUUCAGUUGAUAGAGGAGCGCGCGUUCGAGGAGCGCGCACGCAGGAGCCAGCCCGCGCCGAAGGCCAAGGCCCAGGUCAAGGAGCUCGCGGCAGCGGACUACGGUUCAGAGGUCGGCCACUUCCUCGGCACGGGCGAGACGAAAGGGAACUUGUGCAUCUGCCCUGCGCUGAUGGAUUGGAUCGCCGAUCAGAUGAAGAUGGGCCUCACGAGCCUGUUGCCAUCGCUCGUGAGCCUGGCCAGGAUUGCCCAGAGGCCCUCGAGCCUCCGCCUGGUCUGGACGCGCCCACACGCGGUGCCGAUCGCCAGCGCGAUGUUUGCCCGCUACCUCAUCUUCCUGUGGAUGGGCGCCGCCAUCUUCCGCCGGGUCGCGCUGCUCGUCUGCGCGCUGCCAAGGGUUGGUGGCGACCCGCCCGCCGUGCAGGCUGCCUCGGUGGACUACCUCUCGAGUCUGCAUCGGGAGUUCGAGCUGCCUGCCGCCUACUCGGAGAGGAGCAGCGCUUGCGAAGCAUCCCUGGUAGAGAUGCUCGCUCAGGCUCCUGGCUACGCUGGUGACAGCGGUCGGGUCCGCCCCUACAGCCAGCCCCUCGUGGCCUGGCCCAAGUCGACGAAGGCUGUGUCCACCUCCGACGUCGUCUCGGAUGCCGACUCCAUCGUGCUGCAGGGUUGGAGGCAGACUAUGUUGAAUCCCGAGUCGGUUGUUGCGGAGCUCCGCGACGAGCUGGGCAUUCAGCGCCCGUACGUCGACCCCGAGCUUCGCUAUCAGCCCAAGUCUUACGCCCAGUUUUUGAAGCAGCUGGAGGCUCACGACAUGAUAUCAUGGAGAGCCGCCAGUGAUCAGUCUUCUCACACCAUCGGUUUAUUCUUCGUGGAGAAAUCCAAUCACAUGCUUAGGCUCGCGUUCGACACUAGGCUGGCCAACUGCAGCUUUGUCACGCCGCCACCCACCAAGCUUCCCACGCCCAGCGCGUGGGCCAGUGUUGAUUGCGACGACAGCUUCGUUUUCGCACAAGGCGAUAUUCAUUGUGCCUUCUACCACCUGCGCCUGCCGCCAGGGAUGGAGUCGCUGUUCUCGCUGCCCGCGAUAUCCAAUCGUCACAUCGGCCUCACAUCGAUUCAGGGGAGGCCCGUCGGCAUCCACGAUUUUGUCCAGCCGUUGGUCACAGUUGUUCCCAUGGGUUGGAGCUGGGCCCUUCACUGUUGUCAGAGCGCCCUCGUUCGUGCCCUAACCGACGCUGGAUUCGACAGUGGCGACAUGAUCGUGGACGGAGGCUUGCCUGUCCUGGAGUUCUCGGAGGCCGUCAGUAAGGGUGUCUUCACGGGCUUGCAGUGGUCGUCUAGGGUCUACGCGUCCGACGCGUCGACGCACGGGAAGGGCGCGCGCGUCAAGGUGAUCCCCCCCGACCUGGUCUCGGAGGUUGGCCGCGUGGCCGAGAAGUGGAGGUGCCACCAGGGCCCCAGCGUGCUCGCGAGGGUUCCCGAGGCUGUCUUUGGGUUCGACGGCUGGAAGACGAUCCACUCGAGCAGGCACACGCGGUUGGGGUGUGAUAUUUUGCAGUAUGAGGCCGAGGCCCUGGGGCUCAGCAUUCACCAUGCCUCGAGGACCCUCGGAGCCCACCAUCAUCGCAUGUUAUGCCUCGUUGACAACUUGGCUCUAGCCCUGGCUGUCGGCAAAGGGCGGUCGGGGAGCCCGCAUCUCGUGCGCGCGCUGAGGCGGCUCUCUGGCGUCACCCUGGCACGCGGGCUGCGGCUGCUGGUCCGAUGGGUGCCUUCUGAGCGGAAUGUCGCCGACAAGCCGUCGAGGGAGGGCUUCUUCGUCGGGCCGAGCUUCGAGGAUUUCCUGGAGAAGCAAGAGGUGAUCAAGACCGCGAGGGCUCGGAAGACCCACCCUGGGCCCUCCAGUCUCUCGAGAGGGAGUCUCUCAGUGCUGGAGGCGUCAGCCGUCUCGGCCUCCACGGGCAGGAACUACCACGACUGCGCCCAGAAGUUUCUGAGCUGGUCCCUGUGGACCGCGCGGGACUUCUCCUGCUGCGCCGACCUCGACACCGCGCUGGCGGUGUACUUCGCGCAUCUGUUCCUGGACGGGUACGACAGCGCGACGGGCCGCACCACGCUGGCCGCCCUGAGGCACCAUCUCCCCUCGAUGCUGGAAGUCAAGGACCGCGGGCGCUGGCGGACGGAUCAGUCCCUGAACCGCCAUGCAAAGCGGGCGCGGAUGCAGCAGCGGCUGGGGCAGCUCGCACCUGCACUGGUGGACUUCGGCGACGAGGUCGAGGCCAGGCUGCUGCAGCUGAUGGAGGUGACGGCGAGGACGGGCAUCUUCCCGCUCCGCUUGCCGCCCCUGAUGCCCGCGUCGGCGCCGAAGCAGGCCGACAUCGAGCGCGAGCUCGACGCCGCGUACGCGGACCGCCGCCUGCUCGUGGAGGCGAAGCGGGACGGCGAGGCCGGCGAGGGGCAGCGUGAAAGGGGGGGACGAUAA